CGUUGAAAUACCCACUGUUUGUUUUGUAAGACGGUUUGUAAUGGUUUAGUAUAAAUGAAUGCGGCCACCUCGCGUCGACUCAAGGCCAAUUUAUAGCAAUCCGAAGGGCGGGCGGCGAUUCGCAGCAGUCAGUCGCAUCUCACGCGCCUCGCUCAAGACACUGUGCUGGACGUGCGGCACAAUUUGCGCUAUGUUAUGGACGUGUUGCUUGAUCCUGUGCCUUGUGGCAGGCAGUAGUCAAUUAUCUAUAACAGAAUUUGUAGUUCCAAGUUCUAUAGAAGUGGGGCAGAACGCCGAGUUACGAUGUCGUUAUGAAAUUUUGCCAGGAGAGACUGAAAAAGGAUUGUUCGUCAAAUGGUGGUGGACGCCCGCCAAAGGUGAAAGAAAACAACUAUAUCAAAGGAUGAUAGGACAUCCAGCACAAUCGACUCAACAUAAAUUGGAGAUGGAAAUAAAAGAAAAUGACACCAUUGUGUUACAAGAAUUGCAACCAAAUGCUACAGGGACCUAUGAAUGUGAAGUGUCUAUAAUUGAUGAAAUCCGAAAACAUCAGGAUCUCAUAGUGUAUUCCCAGGGAACCGGUCCACAACUAAAUAUAUCGGUCGAACCUGAUGGCCCUGAUGAGGACGACCAAGAAGAUAUCCAAAUAGAAUGCGAAGCUGAGGGUGUUGCGCCUCUGCCGGAUCUUACUGUCUCUGUUAAUGGGAAAGAAAUAAACACGACAGAAACCUUGGAGGGACCUGAUGAUGAAGGUUUUUAUACUGUAACAUCUAAUAGUACCCUCAGCAAAUUUGAUGUGGACGGUUUUGAAAUACGUUGCGAACUUUUCUACGCCAACCCGAACAUCACACAUGCGGAAUUCAUUACAACAGAAAUUUAUGAUUCGACAGGCGCUUUGACAUCGACGGAGAUGCCCGAGGAAACUACCGAAAUGGAAGCUUCGCUCGAUUCUUUGCAACAUUCCCCGGAUUGCAGUUACCAAGUCCGAAGUACGUGCGUCUUACUCCUAGCAGUACCUAUGCUGACUCAACUUUUUGUGUCACCCUAUAUAUCCAUCUUUUCUAUGUGAUAAAUGUUAAGCAACUAUAUUACAAUUUAUGAACAUUAAAAAUUAUAAAAUUUC